GGAUGGCGGCGGGGAUGGAGGCCGGGGGCCGGUGCCCCGGGUGCGGGUCGGGCCCGCUGGUGCAGGACGCGCACUACGGGCAGCAGCAGCUCGUGUGCGCCGCCUGCGGCUGCGUCCUGGCCGAGGGGCUCCUCACCAGCACCUACAGCGAGGAGCAGCACCAGCGGGAGGUGGCCUAUUCCCAGAGCACUGGCCAGAGGGAGCAGCUGAGCCGCUGCCUGCAGCGAGGCAUCAGGCGGGUGCAGGAUCUCUGUAAGGUCCUGCAGCUCCCGGCGCUCUUUGAGGAGACGGCGGUGUCCUACGUGCAGAGAGCUCUGCAGCAUCCCUCCUUCCAUCUGCUCAGCCUGGAGAAGAAGGAGCUCCUGGGGGGCUGCUGCGUCUUCGUGACCUGUCGCCAGCACAACUGGCCCCUGACCAUGGGCACCAUCUGCUCGCUGCUCUACGCGAAGCAGGAGCUGUUUGCCAGCGUCUUCCUGAGCCUGCAGAAGGAGCUGGAGCUCUCUGUGCCCGCCCUGAGCCUGGCAGAUCUGGUGAAGAGCCACCUGAACAGCUUUCAGCUCUUCCAGCCCACAGCCAACAUCCCUGCCCAGUUUGUGGAGGACAAGGAGAAGGUGGUGGCCAGAACACUGCAGAUAGUGGAGCUGGCCAGUGAGACAUGGCUGGUGACGGGCCGGCACCCCGUGCCCAUCGUCACGGCCGCAGCAUUCCUGGCCUGGCAGUCACUGCAUCCCCCUGCCCGCCUCUCCUGCACCCUGGCCCGCUUCUGCAGGCUGGCAGGGGUCGAUCUGCCCCCACCAGCACACCUGAGGCUGAAGGAGCUGCUUGAGAUCCUCCUCAGAAUGGCCUCGCAGCUCCUUUGGCUCCGGAUGUUUAAGCUGGACAAGAAAACCGUGGUCAAGCACAUCGGGGACCUGCUGCAGCACCGCCUGGUGCUGCUCAAGAAAGCCUUCUGCUUGCAGGACGGGGAGGAGCAGCAGCCCAUGGCCACGGGUGAGGGCUCUGCUCCAGCAGCACAGGAUGGGGAUUGUCCCUUGGAAGGGCAGCAGCAGCGUGAGGACACCCCAAGGCCCCUGCUGCCUCCCUGCCUCCUCAAUCCAAGGAAGAGGCUGCGGACGGCAGCCCCGAGCGCUUCCGACUCUGCCGUCACCGGUGAUGAGCCCAUCUCCGACAGCGAGAUCGAGCUGUACCUGCGGGGCCCAGAGGAGGUGCAGGCCUUCAGGAAGGCCAAGCUUUGGAUGUGAAGGUCGCUGUCUCCAGCAGGAUGGUGCUGCUGGAGGUGCAGGGACUGUGGGACCAACCCACCGGAGAGUGGGUGCUGCAGGGACAGUCACCCGAGGGGGCGGGUUGGGAUGAAGCGCGUGAUGUUCUGCUCCGUGUUCUGGACCAAAAUGGGGUUUUUUAGGGAGUAUCUGCUUUGAGUUGUUACAUUUCUCUUAGAAAUCAGUAAAAAGCAGGUGCCUGGA